AUGCCGUUCUUGUUGCGACCGAGCUCAAGGAUCCUCGUCCGCCCAAUUCAGCGCUGCGCAUACUCAAGCGCGCAAUCGCCAGUUCUAAACGUUAUAAACUAUCCCGCGCCCCAUUCUGGCAACAUUCGAAUCCUCUCACUGAACCGACCUGCCGCCCGUAACGCGAUUUCAAGACAGUUGCUUUCAGAGCUCAACCAGCAAAUCACCAGCAUACACAAUGAGGGACAGACUGGACCGACAAGAGCACUCAUCUUGGCGAGUGAGGUCGACACAAGUUUCUGUGCAGGCGCAGACUUGAAGGAAAGGGCUACCUUCACACAAGAAGACACCUCCAACUUCCUCACCUCUCUCCGCGGCACCCUAACCUCGAUCCAAAACCUCCCCAUCCCCACAAUCUCCGCCCUCGCCGCGCCCGCAUUCGGUGGUGGCCUCGAGCUGGCGCUAGCAACGCACAUGCGCGUGUUCGCAUCGACCACAACCGUCGCCCUCCCGGAGACUCGACUCGCCAUCAUCCCCGGCGCUGGAGGCACAUACCGUCUCCCCGCGCUGAUCGGUCUCGCACGCGCACGCGACAUGAUUCUUACAGGGCGGAGAGUCAGCGCGCCCGAAGCAUACUUCCUGGGCCUGUGCGACCGGCUGGUGGAGAUCACGCCGGAGGAGCAAGGGCAGGAGGGUGCAGCGAGGAAGAAGGUGCUCAACGAAGCUGUGCAACUUGCGAUUACGAUAUGUGAGGGAGGGCCAAUUGCGAUCAAGGCUGCGCUUGCAGCGGUCGAGGGAUGCGCGUUGGGUGAGAAGGCGGAAAAUGCGGCGUAUGAGUUGGUAGUCAAGACCAAAGAUCGAGAUGAGGCGCUGGCUGCAUUUAGGGAGAAGAGGAAGGCCGUUUUCAAGGGCGAGUAA